AUGUGGUCGAAGUUGAAAGGCGCAACUCGCAGCUUUGUCGGGCCGGCAUAUUAACUUUAAGUGGGCCACAUAAGCGCUGCAGCGUCAGCAUCACCGAUCACUCCAAACGCGCAGGCGCGGGUGUGGUCUCAUCAUCUCUCUCCGCCUCUCCGCCAUGUCGGCGGCUUACCUGCGGCACCCACGUUAUGUCGUGCUAAUACUAGUGGCUCUUGUCUUCACUCUUUACCUCGUGGGGCCCUUCGAUGCGCCUCCACCUCCCGUACACGUCCACGAGCAUAUCGAGGAUCCCGACCUCCCUCGGCGCGUUGCCGAGUCGGAGAGGAUAUACAGCAAGGUCCUGCACGAACGCCAGGCGCUGAUUCAGAAAUUCGGCCCGCGUCCCAGUGACAUAUCUCUCUUCCCCGCAAACAAGGACCCUUGGCCUGCAUACACCGUCUUUUACGCGGUGUUGGGGCGUCCACUUGCUGAAGAUGCACCAGGGAACAAUCACGAAUCUUCGUUCGAAGCGGACAUCCUGGCGAACACGGAACACUGCGAGGUCUGGGGCUACGACUUUUCGGUCAAGUCUUUUGGACCCGAAAUCCGCCCGUAUGCGAAGCGAGCGCACUUCCGACAGUAUGGCCUCGCCGAGAGGAACGCUCAUGGACCGGGUGAUCACCUCAAGUUGUACACCCUAGAGACUCUGAUGGAGUUGAAUGGUCAUACUCACAUCGACUUUCUGAAGAUCGAUAUUGAACGCUGGGAAUUCGAUACAAUGGCUGCACUGCUAAAGCCAUAUCUCUCGUCUGGCAAACCUCUGCCGUUUGGACAGCUGUCGAUGGAGAUACAUCUCUGGGGGAUGUCGUUUACCGACUUUCUUAGCUGGUGGGAAACACUAGAGCAUGCGGGACUCCGGCCUUUCUGGAGCGAGCCUAAUCUUAUCUACACAAAUUACAACCGAGGAAGCAGCAGUGAACUGGCAUCGUACACUUUCCUCAACAUCAAAGGUGACAAUAUCUUCAUCACGGAUCCAUUACCCGUCGCGGGCGAUACAUAGUCAUGUUCAAAAUGUAAACAAAUUUUGAGCCAAGUCCAUGAGGGAGAACCGCACGUGAACUGAAUCACGUGCUCACGCACGGACCACCACAUCAAACGUAUAAAUUCCAGCGUUGAACAAAUUGGAUCUUUACCACUCUGGCCUUUUGGCUUAGAUCAAGUGUAGUAUCUGUUCUUAAUAGUUUAACCACUAUUAGAGGGACACAGUCCCUUCUAUUUGGUUAUCUAAUUUUUGCCGCCCUUGUUCUUCUGCUCUGCUUGCAACAGAAGGACGCGAUGACCUUGCCGCUGCACUACUGGCUUGUGUCGUCGGGGCACCUUUUUUUGCGUCCAACAGUGCGCUAACCCUAACCUUAAUUGAUGAAUUACACAGCCUUCAGAUUAGCCUUGGUACAUACGUCAAUCGCAUAGUCCAUCUCCAGCUCAUCUUCGCGAUCCUUGCACAGCUAGGCCUGGUCUGACGAUCACAGUCACGACAACGGUUGCUCUUGAAACUCGAUCUGGAACUCGCGGAGCUAUCGAGUCAAACAGCACUCCAUGUUCCGCAAACAGCUUUGAGUGCUGUUGACGGGGCUUUGUUGAGCCGACUCGCGUCUUCGCGUGUUCUUGCUAUCCGGAUAGACGCGCCGAUACGGCGACGGACCGUACGGCCUUUGUUGACCAUGUUGGCUCGUACGGGGACGUGGCAAAUUCUUGUCACCGGGAUCGCAACCCGCGAGUGCGAUCCCGCUAUCAGCCCCGAGUCAACUCAUUCGACUUGACUCGCCAGCACUCCAGCACACGCGUCCCCAGUGGAAUUUGGACCGGAUCUGCACACGCGUGCGCGCACAGGAUGAAGCAAAAUAGACUGCCAUCGCUGACGUCGAUGACACGGAAUAACGUCCGCAUCUCGAGACGGGACGAUCUUAACCGCGAUAUGUAUCAGUAUCAGACAGACAUGCCUCAGGAACUUGGAUGAAAAUCCGACACUGCCUGCCUGCAUCGUCCGUCCUCAUCAGCUGCUGUGGCGGAUCAGCCAUCCAUGCAGUGUCUUUUUUCUAACGGAAUCGGACCGACAAGGGUGCCCAACUGGAAUAUAAAACGAGUCACCAUUUUGCACUUCCAGUCAUCCCAACUCAUCUCCCAUGGACUCCCAGACCGCCCUCAAAGUCAAACAGUUCUACGCCUCUGCGCACUUUGCCGUGGUCGGCGCCUCAGCCGACAGCUCAAAGUACGGAUCGAAGAUUGUCGCGUUUCUUGCCGACCGCCAGAAAGAUGUGGUGCCCAUCAACCCCAACAGAGCAGACGUCCGUGGCCUGAAGUGCCUCAAGAGUCUGUCUGAGCUGCCUGAUCCAACCCACACCUCUGUCUGCAUCGUCGUCCCCCCUGCAGUCACGCUGCAAGUCCUCCAGCAGGCCAAAGCCCUAGGUAUCCCCUCGCUGUGGCUGCAGCCCGGCGUAGAAGACGAUGCGGUCCUCAAAUUCAUCGAAGCAGACGCUGGCUUCGAGUCGCACUGUCUGUACAACACGACAGCUUUGCAUCAGCAUUCCUUGUCGACAAGCCAUACGUCGGUGUCCUUCGAGACUAAGAAGAACCGGUUUUUUGCCGCAAAGAAAUUUGCAGUCGUCGGUGCUUCAGCAGACGAGAAAAAAUUCGGGACCAAGGCUCUCCAAUAUCUUAUCAAAGUGCACCGAGACGUUGUGCCGAUCAACAUCACGGAUUCUCACAGCCAGGGUAUCCCUUGUCUCAAGUCCCUGGCAGACCUGCCGGAUCCGACCAACACCAGCAUCUGCAUUGUGAUCCCACCCAAGGCCACUCUCCAAGUCGUGCAGCAGGCAAAGCAAUUGGGGAUCUACGCCCUCUGGAUCCAGCCUGGGGCAGAGGACGCCGACGUCGUCCGCUUCAUCGAGGCGGAUCCCGAAUUGGAAGCGCGCUCCCUCUUCCGGGAGCACCCACUCCCCACAGUCGAGCCCAACCCGGCUACUGGCAUCCAUGUCCUGAUUGCAGCACCCGCAGCUCAACCACCCGUGUGUCUGAUCGCCAUCCCACCAGAGAGCGUCAACACUGUCGUGCCCAAACCGAUGGUCAAUCUUGUGGCGGCCCCCUUCGAUCAGUCGCCGCCCCUCGACGAUCAGACGCCGCCCCCGACCGAUCAGCCGUCGCCGUGCUUGAUCGCCAUUCCUUCCGCAUCCGUCGAUAUCCUGGCCCUGCCCAAAACGAUGCCCAUCGCGGUCUGAUUCCUUCGUCCUAUCUAUACCUAACUGCUAUCUUUUUAUACCGCAUCAGCGAGCUAGUUGAGAUAUUAUAUUCUUAUUCUGUGCUUAUUUACAAUAGAAU